UAUGCCACGCUCAUUACCCCACUCAACGGCGGCAAUGGUACGCCAACAAUUCGGCGUUGCCACCUUGUGUUUUGUAACGCUAACGCUCAGCUCGGUACCGGUACGCGAAAUCGAAGCCCAGCGACCGCUAUCGAAUCACACAACCUAUAAUACCAUACCGACGGGUCAGCAUAAUUAUAAAUUGCGGAAUGGACGUACCCAUGAUUUUAUUAUACCAACCAGUACGGUGCCGUCAAUCCCACGAGGCCUCCUGGGUGGUGGAGUACCAAUUUAUGAAGAUUUAGAUGGUACAAUGUCACCGCAACGAGCUGGACGCCGUGACAGCCGUCGCCGUCUUAAUUAUGAAGUUUUGGCAACAAUGCAUCGUGGUAGUAGUACCGGACGUGGUAUGGAAUCGCUGCGUAAGGAACUAAUGAAACCUUCAGUGGGAGGACCUGGUGGCGGGAUUAGUGGUAAUAGUCCCGGUUAUCCCUCAUAUGUGGCAACAUCUUCAAUUGGUAAAAUUGAUGGUUUGGGUGGUGUUGGUCCGGCUCAGCGUUAUGGUGAUACGCUGCCACAGGCUGGGGUGUUAUUUUCCACCAGUAUGCCACCACAUGGUUCCCUCAACGGCAAAUUUAAUCGCUAUACCCCCAAAUUGAAUUCGCUCAACGAAAUCCGCCGCAUGAAUAAAAAUCAAGCUGAUCAGCCGAUGCGCGGCAUUGAUGAUGACAUCAUCAUGGAAGAGCAUCCGGAUCCUUUACAGGUGAUUAAAGACAAAUUAAUGAGUUCACAGCCAGAACCGAUGACCCACCCGGCAUCGGCCCACAAUUACGACAUUGAGGAUUUAUUGGGUGUUCGUUGUACAUUCGAAACACCCUGUGCCUGGAAAUGGACCGACAAUUUACCCGAUGGUUUUCACAUUAUGAGCGGCACUGAGGUGUCAAAGAAAAAUAUGACUGGUUUAUAUCCAGGACCCCUGGCUGACAAUUCUGAUGAUGCUAAUGGUCAUUUCUUGUAUGCCCGAUUGGCUCCGACUACUGUACAAAUCAAUUUGACAUCACCACAAUUUAGUUCGACAAUGGAACGGUGUGUUCUUGAGCUAUAUAUGCAUCAAAGUGGUAUGAGUCACGGGCUAUCGAGGGUCGUGGUGAUGCCAUUACAUUCGCAAGAGAACUCCUGGGUACCAGCGGAAAUUGUGGGAGAUAAUUAUAGGACUUGGGAUAAGAAAUCAUUUCGUUUGGGUCGUAUCUCAAGGGAUUUUCGUUUGGUAUUUGAAAUUGUACCGAAGUUGCUGGAGGGACAGAAGGCCCAUGUGGCCAUUGAUAACUUGCGUAUGGUUAAUUGUUUCCCCGAGGGUACGAAAUCGGAAAAGUGCAGUACAUCGCAGGUCAAGUGUAUGAAUAAUAAGGUUUCGGUGUGUAUACCUUUGCCGAGGAUUUGCGAUAUUACCCGAGAUUGUGAUAAUGCCGAGGAUGAGUUACUCAAUUGUGAAAAAAUCCCCUUUGGUGCCCGCUGCGAUUUCGAAAAUGAUUGGUGUGGUUGGCGCGACUCGGGACGCACAAUUUUGUCGUGGUCGAGGCAUACAGGCUCCUCGCCCACAUUGGAUACCGGACCAGAGGGAGAUCACACCUAUCAUCAUCUCACCAAUGGCAGUGGUGGCUAUUACAUGUUGGUCAACAUGAAUCAGCACAGCAACAACAGUGAAAAGUAUCAGCAAAUUGGCUUCGCCAGUAAUGCCAUUAUGAUAAGUCGGACAUUUAAUCCACCACCCUCGGUACAUGGUGAUCCUCAUUCACCCUACCGUAACAGUUGUGUGGUGAGAUUUUAUAUUCACCAGUUUGGUAAAAAUCCUGGUAGCAUUAAUUUGUCUGUGGUGGAAAUGAAAGAGAAGGAGAACAUCACCACGACACUGUGGUGGAGUACGAAAAAUCAGGGCAAGGAUUGGAUGCGAGCGGAAUAUAUUUUACCAAAUAUUACGUCAAGAUAUUAUCUACAAUUUGAGGCACGCAUGGGCAUGCGAAUUUAUUCCGAUGUGGCUGUGGAUGAUUUUUCACUAUCUCCGGAAUGUUUCGGCAUAAAUAUACCACCAGAACAUCUCAAUGGGUAUAAUUACUGGAAUGUGCGGCAUUCCAAAAGUCCGACGCACAAAGAUUUUGAAAAUCAUAGCUAUCUGGAACUCGGGACCUGUGACAAUCGUGGUAUGCAUGGACCUACACAAUCGCAAUGUGAGACCUAUUACACAAGUCACAAUCGUACGAAUGUCUUAGAGGAAGUCAAAGUAACCGAUGAAAUACCCUAUAAGGGUAUGCAGAAGUGGCGGGUGCCUCACGAAGGAUUCUAUACAUUCAUUGUCAAGGGUGCCAGUGGUGGUUUGGGCUCAACGGGAGUGGGUUCGUCGCGUGGUGCCGUUGCAGUGGCCGUUUUGGAGUUACACAAAAACGAAGAACUCUAUUUGCUGGUGGGCCAGCAAGGUGAAAAUGCCUGCUCGAAGUCGAUGGGUACCAAGGAUGAUAAUUGCAAUUUCAGUUCCUCGGCCGUUGUGAAUGGUAACAAUGGUGCUGGAGGAGGUGGUGGCGGAUCUUAUGUGUUUUUGCUUAACUCUGCCCGCAAUGAAGCUGUACCUUUGGUUGUGGCAGGCGGUGGUGGUGGCCUGGGCGUGGGCCGCUACUUAGACGAGGCCUUCCAGCAUGGCCAGAAGGAGAACCCGGGAAGAAGAGGUCUAACGGGCCAAAUCCAUGGUGAACAAUUGUCAAAGGAAACUGCCGGUCCCGGUGGUGGCUGGAGAGCCAAUGCUGAUCAGGCCUUGGAUGCGAGGUAUGGAGCAGCCCUACUGCUAGGUGGUCGUGGUGGCUUCUCUUGCUAUGUGGAUAUGGAAACAAAUGGUUCGGUAACCAAACGUUAUGGCCAAGGAGGUUUUGGAGGCGGUGGUGGUGGCUGCGAUACUGGUGGAGGUGGUGGCGGUUUUGCCGGUGGUGAUGUUUAUCUCAAUGAGUCGAAUGGUGAGGGAGGCUCUUCGUACAUUAGUGCCUCUCGCACCCUGAAGGAACUUAGCUCGAUUUAUGAGGGAGCGAAUUUUGGGGCUGGAUCGAUUAUCAUCAUACCUGCAAUUGAGGGGUGUGGUUGUGAUUAUCGUUGCUUGGCUUUGGAUGAAUAUAGGUCGUCGGUGAAAUGUAUCUGUCCUGAAGGUUGGAGGAUACGCAAAGACAAUACAUCGGCAUGUGAUAUGCCUGCAACCGAUACCAUCCCGCUGAAAUAUUUAAUAUCCUUCUUUACGGUCCUAAUGCUGUUGCUGAUUGCCUCUUUGGCUGCCCUGGUUGUUAUGUUGUACAAUCGUUAUCAACGCAAAAAAUUGGCCAAGGAACGCCACAAGAUGCUGCGGGAACAGGAUAUGCAGCUGACCCGCCUGCGCCACAACAUCGAUGAAAAUAACCUCAAUAAUUUCAAUCCGAACUAUGGUUGCGAUGAUCUCAUCAAUGGCCAAAUAAAUGUCAAUAGUCUACCUCAGGUGGCCCGUGAAAGCUUGAGAUUGGUCAAGGCCCUGGGUCAGGGAGCAUUUGGUGAGGUCUAUCAAGGCUUGUACCGCCAUCGUGAUGGCGAUGCCGUUGAAAUGCCCGUUGCCGUUAAAACACUUCCGGAAAUGUCAACCCGCCAAGCAGAAGAGGACUUCCUUAUGGAGGCAGCGAUUAUGGCCAAAUUCAAUCAUCCCAAUAUGGUCCAUCUGAUAGGUGUUUGCUUUGAUCGCCAUCCACGGUUUAUUGUUUUGGAACUCUUGGCUGGUGGUGAUUUGAAAAACUUCUUGAGGGAAGGACGUCAUAAACCGGAGCGCCCCUCUCCCCUGACAAUGAAAGAUUUGGUAUUUUGCGCCCUCGAUGUGGCAAAGGGUUGCCGCUACAUGGAAAGUCAACGUUUUAUACAUCGCGAUAUAGCCGCCCGUAAUUGUCUGCUGAGUAGUAAGGGUCCAGGGCGUGUGGUGAAAAUUGCCGAUUUUGGUAUGGCCCGAGAUAUUUAUCGCAGCGAUUAUUAUCGUAAAGGUGGCAAGGCUAUGCUGCCGAUUAAAUGGAUGCCGCCAGAGGCAUUUUUGGAUGGUAUUUUCACUUCGAAGACAGAUGUUUGGUCAUUUGGAGUUCUAUUGUGGGAGGUCUUCAGCUUGGGUCUAAUGCCCUACACAGGUCUACCGAAUCCCGAGGUCAUGCAAUUGGUUACCAAUGGUGGCCGCUUGGGCACCCCACCGGGCUGUCCACCCGUCAUUUAUAAAAUCAUGGCCGAUUGCUGGAAUCCCACACCAGAAGAUCGUCCAACAUUUUCUAGUCUUUUGGAGCGCCUAAAGGCUGUAACAGAGGACCCCACUGUUAUGAAUGCUCCAUUGCCCCACAUUUUACGCCCGCCCUCUAAUGAACGUGAUCAAACAAUUAUACGACCGCAGGGUGUCGAUGAUGUUUGUCUACAGGUACCCACAACAUCGGAUUAUUUAAUCCCGCUGCCGGGUAUUACAAAUUUACACCAACAGCAGCAACAACAGCUGAUGCAACAAGCAGCUCUCCAACAACAACUACAACAACAUGACAUGAUCGAUCCUAGCUGUCCCAUGGCUAUAUCGACUGGAACCAAUAUCUGUACACCACCCGGUGUGGCCUCACCCUCGGCGCCACAACAUUCCCAGCUCCUGAAGGACGAUGAGCAUACAAAUGCCACCAAUGAGGGCUGUUGGGAAACCUCCUUCAUUUUGCCCAAUUCCAAAAGUGAUCAACCAUUGCUCAACAACAACAACAAUUCGAAUGGCUCCCAGAAGAGCAUUAACACCGCAUCCAUAGGGGCCCAGGGACCGGGCAACACAAGCGGUUACAGCAGCAGUAGUCAACGAUCGCCCGUCUCGAAUGGCCUAAGGACAAUACAGUCAUCGGCAACGCCGCCGCACGAAGAUGAGGAGGAGACGAAGCUGAUCAGCUUGGAUACGCCACAGCCAACACCAACAACAAUCCAACCGCCAUUAUCAUUUUCAUCACAGCUGGAUGGUAUAACUCUAGAUCCGGCCGCUUUAACCAAGAGUCUGAAUACAAACGUAACAGUUCCAAAUGCCACAGCCGCGGCGGCCGUUGCAGCCGCUGCCGCAGCAGCAACAACAAAUACUAAUUUAAAUAAUAAACACUCCUCGUAUGCCAAUAUCCAAAUGAUGUCCGCAUCGGUAAAUAAUCUGAAGGGUGGUAACAAUUGCUCAGAUACUCCCUCCGAGAAGCUAAACGGUAGCCUACUGCACAAUGGCAGUAAUGGUCUGAUGGCCAAAAUGAACGGUAAUUUAGCCACGAAUGGUAAUACAAAUGCCCCACCCUUUACCAUACAGGGUUAUGCGGAACGCUAUAAGGAUAAACAUUCUGAAAUUAGUUGUUAA